UGCCUAGUUCACGUGCAUUGCAAUCUAUCAUAUCGCUGGCAGCGCGCACUUUCUCUACCUAUCCACACAGACAUAGUACAUAUCAGAUGCCGUCAGCCAUCAUCCAGCCGACCGCAGCGCACACCGCAACCGUCAUCUUUGCCCAUGGUCUCGGCGACGAAGGACAAAGUUGGCGCGCAGUGAUAAGCGGUGAUUACGACUACAGAAAGCCCGGCGAACUGACAAUCCCCGCUCGUCUUCCUCAUGUCAAAUGGAUCUUUCCAGAUGCACCCGAGCAAGCCGUCACGGCGAAUUUUGGCACUGAGAUGCCUUCAUGGUUUGAUAUGUCUAAUCUACCGCUUCCACCGGAGCUGUACUUGAGCAAAGUGGUUGAUGAUGACGAGAGCGUGAAGAAUGGUGUUCAGAUCAUAGAUGACUUGGUUCAAGCAGAAGUUAAGGCUGGAAUACCAGAAAGUCGCAUCGUAGUGGGCGGAUUCAGUCAAGGAGGAGCUCUGGCUUUGGCGGCGGGUUUGGGUGGUAAAGACUGGAGAACGAAGAGUUCCGGGGAUGAAAGCAAGCUGGCUGGUGUAGUCGUGCUGAGCGGUUGGAUGCCAGUCAGAGAGAAGUUCAAGUCGCGCAUUUCGUCGCAUGCCAAGUCUAUGCCGGUAUUAUGGGGACACGGAACAGCAGAUGCGGUGAUAUAUCACAAAGUGGGGGAGAUUUCAGUUGGAUUACUUCAAGAUCAACUUGGAAUCGUGAAGCACGGUGCCCAUGACCAACUUGGUGCUCCUGGGAUUAACUUUCGGUCUUAUGAACGUAUGGGCCACACUUCAUGCAAGAAAGAGAUGGAUGACUUGGUGACAUUCUUGGGAAGUGUCGUACCACAGCAGCAAACUUAGAACAGCUUAGAACCUGUAAAGCCAAUCAAUUGUCUAGGACCAUAAAUCUGGUUCCACACGUGUGUUCGGUACUGCAUUCCGUCGGUACAUUGAGACCUUUGACAUUUCAGAAUUGCUGGCUAUUGUACCCGAUAUUCGUGUGCGAAUAUCUAUAAUCCCAC